AUGCAAGAGACUGCUGAAGCAAAGGCUGAGGAGAGAGAGGAGGGGGAGGUGAGGGAGGAGGAUAUGGAGGAGGAAGAGGAGGAAGAAGGGGAAGAGAAGGAGGAAGAGGAAGAGGAGGGAAAGGAAGGAAAGGAGGGAAAGAAGGGAGAGGGAGAGGAGAGGAAAGAGAGAGGAGAGGGGAAGGAGGAGGAGGAGGAGAGGCAGAGAAGGAAGGCUGGGGCGAGUGCGGGGAAGGAUAGUGAGGAGGAGGAAGCUGAUAGUGAUAGUGAUGAAGAUAGUGACGACGAUUCCAAGGACGAUGAUUACAAGAAUGAUGAAGAGGAGGAGGACGAUUCUGAGAGUGAUAGUGAUGGGGAUGGUGAUGGGGAUGGUGAUGGGGAUGGGGAUGUUGUUGAGGUGAAGAAGGAGAGGGUGGAGAGCGGGGUGGGAAGUGGUGGGGUGGGAGGCGGUGCGGUGGGAGGUGGUGUGGUGAGAUUUGGUGGAGUGAGAACAGGAGAGAGAGCAGGAGCAGGAUUUGGAGUUGGAGGGGAAGGGGAAGGGGAAGGGGAAGGGGGAGGAGCAGUAGCAGGGGUAUGGGGAGCGGAACAAAGAGGGCUGGGGCGAGGGGUAGGGGGAGGGGGAUGGGGAGUGGGAAGAGGGGAAGGGGAUGAGAGAGGGACGGGGGAAGCCGAACUGGGAAUGAAAGGCUUUGAUUCUGGGUCUGUUGGUCGGAGCUUAGGUGGUUCUGGUCUCACCCGUCCACCCACCACCUCUGCUGUCUCCCGCGCACCGCCGCACUCCCCAGCAUUUAGAGCUGCUGCCUUUAGACCCAGCGGUCAGGCAGGGCCCAGCAGGGUUGGAUGCGGUGACGAGCGGUGGGGGAACAACACAGCCAAGGGUGGUGGUGAUGGGUGGGGUACCAAGGCUGGAUGCGGUGGUGAGCGGUGGGGGAAUAACACAGCCAGAGGUGGUGGCGAGGGAUGGAGAAACGGGGUGGGAUACGGUGGUGAGCGGUGGGGGAGCAACACAGCCAGAGGUGGUGGUAUGGGGGCGGUGGGGGCUGGGGGGUUUGGAAAGGGAGGCGUAGAGCGACAGCUGGCACGGAUGCUGACUCAGCGUGACAGCGUGGCAGGGGGUGUGAAGGAGGAGGGAUGGGAGGGAGGGGGUUGGGGAGGAGUUGGGGGAGGGAGAGGGUUCGGAGGAGGGGGGUUGAGAGGAGGGAGAGGAGGGGGGGUGAAGGGCUGUGGGGACGGAAGGGGAGUGGGGAAAUGCAAAGAGGAGGAGGGGAACUGGUGGGAUGAGGCGGGUGAUGAGGAAGAUGAGGAAGGAGGAGGGGAGUGGAAUGGUGGUUUUGGUGGUGGUGGUGCUUGUGUGGGUGCGGGUGAUGGCAAUUGGUGGGAUUAUGAGCAGGAGGAGGAGGAGGAGGAGGAGGGUGAGGAUGACUAUGGGCUUGGUGGUGUGGGUGGUGCAGGUGCUGUGCGUGGGCUUGGUGGUGUGAGUGGUGUUGGGGGUGUGGGUGCUGUGAGUGGUGUGACUGGGGCAGCAGCAGGUCAGAAGCGAAGGGCGAGCAGUGGAAGGGGCAAUGCUUCCAAGAAGCGACCCCCCCUGCCAGCGCCCAACCUCGUGCACUCCUCUCGAGGCAUGCAAGCCAUCAACCCAUCCCACCCCACCACGCCCGAGACGCCCUUCCGUUGCGACCCCACCAACUUCUCGCGCAUGUGCGGCUUCGGCGGGAUUCCCCGCAUCAUGCCCUACCAGCGAAACCCUGCUGACCUGAAGCUCGCUCCCAAGAGUGUGAUGAUAUACGUGGAGAAUAUCAGGGAUGCUGACUGGGGCUACAUGUCCAACCAGCUGUUCUCGCUGCCUGUGGAGUUUGUUGAUAGUGCGCACCUGGGCAUGUGCAGCAGGAAGCGUGGGUACAUCCACAACUUACCCACACAAAGUCGGUGGCUGCCCGAGGAGAUUCGAAACUGCCCGAAGACGAUUUUCGGGGCGUUUCCCGACUUGGAGAAGUUUUGGCCUGACUGGGACACGCGCCAGAAGCUGAAUGUGAUAAACACUCAGGCGUUUGGAGUGGAUGUGAGGCUGCAGGAGUGGAACGACAAGCUGCAGAUGCACGGCGCUCAUGGGCUCCCCCCAGAGACACAACAAGAGCUGCUGAAAUACAUCAGGAAGUACAAUCUGCUGUGGAUUGAGCGCAACCGGCUGGCUCCGCUGAGGGUGAAGCAGCUGGAGAUGCUGAUGGGGUACCCCGAGGGGCAUGUCAGCGUGGUCACCAACAAUAAAACCAGCCGAUAUAAGAUGCUCGGCAACACCUUCCAUGUCCCCACCGUCGCUCUCCAUCUCUCAGUCCUCCGCCGUCUCAACCGUCCAAUCCGGGUGCUCUCUCUCUUCUCAGGCAUUGGGGGGGCCCUAGUAGCGCUCCACAUGGUGAAGGUCCCUGUGAUCUGCGCCGUGAGUGUGGAGUUUGAGAAAAGCUGUCGUGAUGCCGAGGGGAGGUGGUGGAGGGAAACCGCAAUGGCGGAGGAGAGGGCUGGGAAUGGGGUCAACCAGAUGCUGGGGGAUUUAUUGCAGCUGUAUCACAACGUGAGGUCUUUGAGCCGGGAGGUAGUGGAGUCGUUGGUGCGUGAAUACGGGCCCUUCAACCUCAUCAUCGGAGGGAGCCCCUGUACUAAUUUCACUGGUAACAACCGGCAGCCUGCGGACAGCCCUGCUGGGAAAAGCGGGCUUGAUGGGAGGGACUCGAGCUUGUUCUUUUUCAUGGCUGAUGUGAUUCGCCAUGUUGCGAGCAUUCAGGAGAGCCUUGGUCACAGGGUUUUUCGUGCACCAUAG